CCCGAUUUAGUGUGUGUCCGGUGCCAGCAGUGGAAUGAGAGCUGUUGAGAAAGUAUAAAAGACCAGGAGCGACGCAGCAGUAGUUCGGUUUACGUGUGGCUAACAUCCAUUGUACACGAUUAAUUGGUAUUGUUCUCACGAUUGAUUGACAAUACUAAUUAUCCGGCAAUGGCCCUUAGCCAAACAAGUGUGUUGAAACUCUACAACACUGUGAUAGAAGAUGUCAUUGCGGGAGUACGAGAUUCAUUUUUAGACGAGGGAGUUGAUGAGCAAGUGCUUUUAGAACUGAAGCAAAUAUGGGAACAGAAGUUGAUGCAAACAAAAGCUGUGGAGGUUAAUCCAGAGCCUCUUGAGCCACAACCACCGCAAAUGCCUACACCUAAAAAUACAACUGCUAGUAAAGCUGCAAAUAUUGGGAAUCACUUCGCUCAACAACAAACAUCAGCAGCAGCAGCAGCAAACCAAGCACAAUCUCAACAGCAGAAUCAACAGCAUCAACAAGUCCCAGCUCCCCAGCCAAUUCGUGCAGCUGCUCCACAGCAUCAAAGUGUUCAACCAACUCCACCAGCUCAACAAGUGAUAACCACACCAACAGCGUUGUUCGAUCGUCCAGUUCCCAUUCAGAUAACCCUUCCUGGUAAUCCAGCAACUGGUGAUGGAAAACCGAAAAUUCUGACGAUUCAAGUGCCAGCAUCAGCUAUUCAGAGUAAUCAGUUGCAUACAAUUCUCACUGGGCCGGUUAUCACUGCGGCCAUGGGUUUUCCUAUGGAUGUGGCAUCACAAUUGCUACAGCAACAUGUUGAUAAGACUCUUCAAGGACAGGCUACACUUGCACCUAUGGAUAUGAAUCAACCAUUGCAAGUUAUUCAGGGGUCUAAUAAUGUGCAGAAUCUACCUGUGCAGAACCAGACUCAGGGGAAUAUUGCUCAGUUGGAUGGACCUCAGGUGGACACGUCGGACGACGACGAAGAGGACGAAGAAGAUGACAAUGACGACGAUGAUGACUUGGAUGAUGACAAGGACGCCGAGGAAGACGACGAUGCUGGUGCCCGUGAAGAGGAGCCACUCAAUUCAGAAGACGACGUUACGGAUGACGAUCUCUCUGAUUUGUUCGACACGGAUAAUGUAGUGGUGUGCCAGUACGACAAGAUAACAAGGAGUAGAAAUAAAUGGAAAUUCUACCUCAAAGAUGGAAUCAUGAGUUUGAGUGGUAAGGAUUAUGUUUUCCAAAAAGCCAAUGGUGACGCUGAAUGGUGAAAUCGUUCUCCAGAGUAAUUAAAAUUCGUAAAAUAACUAAGAUACUUUAAAUAAAUGAAAAAAAAAACCGGUCAUCUCCGGACAUUUUUUCGUUGUCGAUAGAGGGGUCUAAUUCUAGCAUAUCACGCGGAGUUUGGCUGAUAUAUUUCGACAGUGUGAAAGGUAAAAACAAACGCAUUUUUUGAGAAGAAAGAAAUUAUUGAAAAAAACGACACGUUCACAUGAGACACAUAAAUAAACGAACCACUGUAAUGUUCGUGAUCGUCUGAGGUUUUUUUUAUUAAUUUAUAGAAAAUGAAUAGGAAAAUGGAUUAGGUGGUGGAUUUUAGGGGGUGACUUCGUUCCUCGCAGGAUGGCUAAGCACCAGCUGCAACAUUAUGUUUUUGUUUCAUUUAAUUUACGUUGUUUCUUGCAAAUGUUGAGAAUGUUUCUCCUGGUAGCCGAUUUUUUUUUUAUGCAUCUGAUGUGAUACAAGAAUGCAUCGCUUGUUUGACGGAGACGAUAAUUUUUUUUUUUUUU